UUAGUAUCCUCUGUGCUAUAACCAUUAUGCGAACAAACCGCAUUAUGAAAGUGAUAAUCUAACUUACUUAGGCUACAUUAGUUCACUGUAGGUUAAACGAACUGAGGAACCUUCUCAUGUGGUUUGUGACACAGCCGAUACUAUGGAGAUUGAAAGUACAUCUGCGGACCAACAUGCGAGUGUUAAAGAACAGCAAAUCGAAGCACCUUAUGCUGACUGGUGGGGAUUUAAAUCUGGGUUUGUCUCCGGCGGUCUUCUUAGAGCCAAGUCUGGCAAAAAGAAAUUAUCUAAGAAAAGUGAUUGUGAGGACGAUCAAGAGAAUCUUUACAACAUGGUUCAGCUAUGUGUGUUUGUCUUCCCCACUCUUCUUUACAAGCUCUUCUUGGAAAACAUAAAGAUAAUGUUGCUAUUCUCUACUCAUAUCACUUAUAAUUAG